AUGAUGUCGUCUCAAGCUCUCCGGAUCUCCGGCGGGGCUGGCGCGUCCGGCGCGGUCGGUGCGGCUGGUGCGGCUGGGGGCUUGGGAUUGACGGCCUCCAGGCCUGUAGGAGCCGGCCGGUAUAAAGGAGGAGCUGCUUCAGUGACGUGCACAGUAUCACGUGCGAGUCCAUCCUGCGCAAGGGCAACCGUUUCAGCGCAUCUGAGUCAAGGAAUCCGCGUUAGAAGCAGUGUAACCACGACCGCGCAUGUUACCAGCAGAAGCGGAACCAUCAGCAGCUCCUCUUCACCCACCUUCGGAUCUCGCCCUUUCUUGUUGGAGACGCGGUUUCGAAUCCCGGCGACGCCAUGCGCGCCCCUGGUGGAGAGGAGGUCAGCGCGGAACGGGGCUGCGCGGAACGGGAGCGCGCGGAACAGCCUGGCGGAAGGGCAGGGGAUGGGGGAGGUGGUCAAGAGCGGAAUCACCCGCGCGCAGGAGAAUCUGGAUGCGUUCGUGCGGUUCACCCGCCCGCACACCAUGAUUGGCACGACCAUCAGCAUCGUGUCCGUGUCCCUGCUCGCAGCUGCCUCCGUCGCUGAUCUCAACACGCGCUUCCUCGUCGGCCUUUUACAGGCUGUGGUACCGGCGCUUCUCGCGAACGUGUACAUCGUGGGGCUCAACCAGCUGUUUGACAUUGACAUUGACAAGGUGAACAAGCCCUACUUGCCUCUCGCCAGUGGGGACUUUUCUGUGCGGACAGGCGUCACCAUCGUCACUGUCUGCGCUAUUCUCAGUCUGGCGCUGGGCAUCCUUUCGGGCUCCAUGCCACUGCUGGCAACGCUCGUCAUCAGCAUGCUCCUCGGAACAGCCUACUCCAUUGAUGUGCCCUUUCUCCGCUGGAAGCGCUUCCCUGUCAUGGCAGCAUCAUGCAUCCUGGCAGUGCGGGCAGUCAUCGUGCAGCUCGGCUUCUACUCGCACAUGCAGGUGGCUGUGAUGCAGCGCUCCCUGCAGCUCUCCUCCCCGCUCAUCUUUGCCACAGCCUUCAUGUGCACCUUCUCCAUCGUCAUUGCUCUCUUCAAGGACGUGCCUGAUGUGGAGGGCGACAGGGUCUUUGGCAUCCGCUCUCUCAGCGUCAGGGUGGGCCAGAAGAAGGUGUACUGGUUCUGUGUGUCCAUCCUGCUUGCAUCCUAUGCUGCUGCAACCAUCAUGGGCCUCACCUCUUCCAUGCUCUGGUCCAAGAUCCUCUCUGUGGUGACCCAUGUGGGUGCAGCCACUGCCCUGUGGCGCGUGGCAUCAUCAGCAGACCUAUCGAGCCAGCAGGACAUCACGGAUGUGUACAUGUUCAUAUGGAAGCUAUUCUACCUCGAGUACCUAUUCAUCCCCUUCUUGAGAUGA